GGGCGGAUGAGGUGGGGGCCUGACCGGAGCUCGGCGCAGGCGCAGUGGGCGCCGGUCCAGCCGGGCGCAGGCGCAGUGGGCGCGAGCGGCGGCGGCAGCCAUGGACGACGAGGAGGAGACUUACCGGCUAUGGAAGAUCCGCAAGACCAUCAUGCAGCUGUGCCACGACCGUGGCUACCUGGUGACGCAGGAUGAGCUGGACCAGACGCUGGAGGAGUUCAAGGCCCAGUUCGGGGACAAGCCGAGUGAGGGGCGGCCGCGGCGCACGGACCUCACCGUGCUGGUGGCCCACAAUGACGACCCCACCGACCAGAUGUUCGUCUUCUUCCCGGAGGAGCCCAAGGUGGGCAUCAAGACCAUCAAGGUGUACUGCCAGCGCAUGCAGGAGGAGAACAUCACCCGGGCCCUCAUCGUGGUGCAGCAGGGCAUGACGCCCUCCGCCAAGCAGUCCCUGGUCGACAUGGCCCCCAAGUACAUACUGGAACAGUUUUUGCAGCAGGAGCUGCUCAUCAACAUCACGGAGCACGAGCUGGUCCCGGAGCACGUCGUCAUGACCAAGGAGGAGGUGACGGAGCUGCUGGCCCGGUAUAAGCUGCGCGAGAACCAGCUGCCCAGGAUCCAGGCCGGAGACCCUGUGGCGCGCUACUUCGGGAUAAAGCGAGGGCAGGUGGUGAAGAUCAUUCGGCCCAGCGAGACAGCGGGCAGGUACAUCACCUACCGGCUGGUGCAGUAGCCGCCGCCCGCCGCCAGCGCCUGGGAGACGGACACGCCCUGACCACCCUGCCCGGCAGUGGGCGAGGGGGCCGCCUGCCCUGUGGGACCCACUCUCCUGAAGGCCUUGCCGCUGCUCCUCCAGACCCCAUGGCGGAGUUGCCUUUCCUGAGCUGAGGUCCUUGUGGCCUCGCCUGGACGCUGAGCCACCUCGGAUUCCGUGUGACGAGCGUCUGGAGGGGACAGGAUGCCAAGGGGAUGGUGACAAACAGUCCCAGCUCCUUCCCCCCGCUCUGAGCGCCCCGAGUGGGCCCUGGCUCCCAUCUCUGGUCAGCCCUGCUGUCGCCGUGUCCCCUCAAGGCGGCCCUGCCACGUCUGUGUGAGCCUUGAGGGCAGCGGGGGCGGGAUUAAACCUCAUCUGGGUUUUCAGUUAGGAUUGAUUGCUGCGUGUUUUAAAAAAUUAAACGUAUUUUGAGUAAACAAA